GGCCCAAAAAACCUCAGCCGCGGGCCGCGACCUUCGCUACCGUCUCCGGUCUCCGCCUCCCCCCUUCCCCCCGCCCCCAUCUUGUGGGAGCUCCCGAUUCGGGGGAGGAGGCACCGCACCCCGCCGCCGCCCCCCGCCUGCGGAUCAGCGCCGUCGCCGAUCGGAGGCCCCUCGCCUUCCCCCGGUGGGCGGCGCGCGGUGGGAGGAUGGACGGCGGCGCGGGGGCGGCUGGGCACGGCGGCCCCGGCCGGAGGAGCAUCUCCUCCGCCGCCGCCUCCAGGAGGAGGCUCCCGCCCGCCGAGAACGGACACGGACACGACGGCGCCGCCUCCAGGAGGUCCUCCGCCUCCAUCUCCCGGGCCAACUCCACGUCACUGACUGGCGAGAGAACCGUGAAAAGGCUGAGAUUGUCCAAGGCGCUGACGAUACCAGAUCACACAACCGUGCAUGAGGCUUGUCGGAGGAUGGCCUCACGCAGGGUCGAUGCCGUGUUGCUGACUGACUCCAAUGCUUUGCUCUGUGGGAUCCUCACUGACAAGGACAUAACCACAAGGGUUAUUGCUCGUGGAUUGAAGAUGGAAGAGACACCAGUCUCAAAGGUCAUGACUAGAAACCCUGUAUUUGUGCUCGCAGACACACUUGCAGUCGAGGCAUUGCAGAAGAUGGUGCAAGGUAAGUUCAGACAUCUGCCUGUUGUGGAGAAUGGUGAAGUCAUUGCACUUCUGGACAUUGCCAAGUGCCUGUAUGAUGCUAUUGCACGGAUGGAAAGGGCGGUGGAGAAAGGAAAAGCAAUUGCUGCUGCUGUUGAGGGCGUAGAAAAGCAUUGGGGAACAGCUGCAUCUGGUCCUAACAAUUUUAUUGAAACUCUUCGAGAACGAAUGUUUAGGCCAUCGCUGUCUACCAUUAUCUCUGAGAAUUCAAAAGUGGUCACUGUUGGACCAACAGACACGGUGUUGACAGCAUCAAAGAAGAUGCUGGAAUUAAAAGUGAGUUCAGCCGUUGUAGCAAUUGAAAACAAACCUGGGGGAAUUUUGACCUCUAGAGAUAUAUUGAUGCGUGUUAUCGCCCAAAAUCUUCCUCCUGAGUCCACCACAGUUGAGAAGGUCAUGACUCAGAGUCCUGAAUGUGCCACAGUUGACACCCCAAUCCUUGAUGCUCUUCACACAAUGCAUGAUGGGAAAUUCUUACAUUUGCCUGUUCUAGACAGGGAUGGAAAUGUUGUGACUGUUGUUGAUGUUCUUCACAUAACUCAGGCUGCAAUUGCAACGGUCGGGAACACCGGAGCAGCUGGAUCUGAGGCGACAUCUGCCAUGAUGCAGAGGUUCUGGGAUUCAGCAAUGUCCGUUGGACCUCUAGAUGAUGACGAUGACUCCAGGAGUGAAGGAUCAACAAAAGUGGCAUCUGAGGCAACAGAUAUUGGAAGAUCUGCCCUUUUUCCAGCUUCUGGUUUAUCAAGCACUUUUGGGUUCAAGGUUCAGGACAAGCAAGGCAGGAUGCACAGAUUUAACUGCGAAACGAGCAGCUUGACAGACCUGAUAACCAGCAUUCUUCAGAGGGUCGGCGAUGACAUUGAUAGAAAAAACCUUCCUCAAAUUUUGUACGAAGAUGAGGAUCAUGAUAAGGUCAUACUUUCAUCAGACAGUGACCUUAUAGCUGCUGUUGACCACGCAAGACAGAUUGGUUGGAAGAGUUUGAGGUUGCACUUGGAUUAUGUCGGUGUUGGCCACCGGAAGAGAGGUGGCGGUUCUUCAGAUUUUGAGUAUGCCGGAAAGGAUGCAUGGGCCUCCGCGUACAGUGCUGUCGCCGCCGGGGCGGCUCUAGUUGCAGGCCUUGGGGUUAUGGCUUACCUGAAACGAGCGGGUUAAGCUUUGAGGCAAGCACAACAGGGAGCACCUUACUGCAUUGGAAUGACCAGAAUGGCUGUGUAAUUAAGUCUUGUGAGGAGAAAGAAAGAAAAAACUGUAAUAAUACUUCACGGCAGUGGAUGACCGCCUUCAUAUGUCUACACGGUGUUGGUCAAAGUUUUGGUGGUUGGAAGUCUCCAUGAUUACCAUGGCUGUCAGUGUCGCGAUUGUAUUUGUAUCAUAAAUCACAUGAUCAUUAUACAACCGAGAAGCAUGAUUGUCCCUUCAUUUGUGCUGUU